AUGAGUAUCAAACGUCAUGAAGAUCUUACCCUCCCUUCAAUCCCUUCACUUCCUCCAUUUCCUUCGAAAAUUCAUCUUUCUGACCCAAUUUUGGAGAUCCCCCUAACCCUCCCUUCAAUCCGUACCCCCCUCAUGAAAAUCCAUCAAGAACUUCCAUCAUUAAAAUCUCUUGGCCUCAUUUCCGGAAACCCAUCUUCUUCAAUUCCCAAAUCAUGUUCCCCAACCUUUUCCCCACAAAAUUUUCCUCAAUCACAUCCUCAUCGCCAAGAAUUUCGUUUCGUUCAUCACCGUCAACAUCAAGAUAACUUUCGUCCGUAUCACUACAAUCGUUUUCGACUUUCAUCAAACAAUCCUGACGUUUCCUCCUCAACAAAAGUAAAUAAAAAAUCUAAAAAAACUGCAUAA